AUGUUUUGGAACAAGGCUCUGGCCACCGCGGCCAUCAUCUCGGGCGCCUGCGCCGAGAUUCGCCCUCUCGCCAUGGAUCCUGUGAUUCAAGUCCGCGCCUCGGAUGUCCUCGAACUGCACUACAGCGACGUCGCCGAUCGCUAUCUCUCGAAGCGACAGGAGGUCAACCCCGACAGCCAGGUGGCCCUGAACCCCGACGGGACCAUGGACAUGGAAGCGUGGGAGGAGGAGACGACGUCAGCGUGCCGCGACGCCCUGGCCCACCUGAAUGUCGCCUCGAAUCCGUCCGGCACGGGCAUCUGCUACAACCUCCCCGCAUUGGAUCCCACAUCUGGUGUCUUCGAAGCCGAUUUGCGCCUGUUCAAGGUGUCGGAGCCGUCGGGCCAAUUUCAGGGCAUCCCGCCCGAGAGCAUCGAGGUCGGCCUCUCGUUUGCCGGCGCCUCCGUGUCGCCAGUCGAGGCCAGCCGAAUUUCGGGCGCCGUGGGCCAGCAGAGAAGGGCGAAACGAGCAGACGUCAUGGAUCUGCUGCAGUCGUACAUGUUUGUUGGACAGAUCAACCCCUCGAACAUGCAGGAGAAGAUGACAAUGGCUGAACUCGAGGCGCUCGUCCUUCCCGUCCUCACCCUGACGGCGACGAAUACGACGGGCCAGCGCAUCAGCACCAACGUCUCCUCCAACGAGGCUGCGUUCCUGACGGGCGUCUUCUCUCGCGAAGUUGUCAUGUCCGAAUUCGCGACGGCCAAGCAGGCCGUCAGCAACAUUACGGCCGAGCUGCGGAACGGCACCGUGGCCUUUGUGCUGCCUGGCGUGCAGAUCAUGAUCUUUCCCAUUGGCCUCAUUAUUACGGGUAUCUGGACGCUCGUGGGAUUCGUGGCCUACGGCAUCGGCACGUAUGACCGGAUCAGCUACGCCGAGAGCUUCAAGAGGAGGUCGGCCAUUGCAAGCAACACCAAGAGGCAAAUAUGAGGCGCGGUCGAAGACCAAGGCGGAGAUGAAUAUGUUUAUUUGAUGUGGCUCCCGGCGCCCCUCGCUGUGGGACGACGAUUCUGUGCUUCUACCGAUUUUUUGGAUCUUUCUUUAACCACUUAUAGCUAUACUUAUAGAAUGCUCUUAUUUAACGAGAAUGAUGACAACUGGUGUUCGUU